AUGAACUACGUCCGGUCCAUCACCGGCAGCGUCUCAAAGGGCUGGAACUCGAUCAAUCCCGCUACCCUCAGCGGCGCCAUCGACACCAUCGUCGUCGAGCACGAAGAUGGCACCCUCGCAUGUUCGCCCUUCCACGUUCGCUUCGGCAAGUACCAGAUCUUGCGCCCUUCAGACAAGAAGGUCGAGUUCCGCGUCAAUGGCGAGCUGCAGGACUACUCGAUGAAGCUCGGCGAGGGCGGCGAGGCCUUUUUUGUCUUUGAGACUUCGCGCAGUAUCCCCGCAGAGAUGCAGACGUCGCCCAUUGCCUCGCCCGCCGCCAGCCCCGACCAGAAGCCCAUCGAGCCGUCCUCGGACCGCCCCUUUGACGAGCCUGAACCCCUUGAUCUCGACGAGACGGCCAUCGCACGGAGAAGAGGGCGCAUGUCCAUGUCGGUGCCCCCUGCCGACUACCUGCACGCAGACACCGACUACGCUCGCCCAAAGUCGGGAGACUGGUCUGGCUUCCAGAUGCACAGGGCUAGCACAGACGUGACGGUGCCUUCGGUCAAGGACAGUUUUAGCAAAGCCUUUGACGAAUCCCAACCACACGAGAGGGGGCCGCUGCAGAUUAGCAAGGAAGACGCGACUGCAUGGAAUAGAUCUACGCGCUCAACAAGCCCCCCGCCAGUGUCGCCCAGCGAAGCCCUUGCCCGCGCCAUCAAGCUGUCCAAGAAGCUCUUCACUUCAAACAUUCCCAACAAGGUCACCGAGACUGGCGAUUUGGAGCUUGACAUGACGGGCUACAAGAGCAGCGAAGAGGACGCAUUGCGUGCAGAGGUCAUAGCCAGGCGCAUCCUCUCCGACGAGCUUGCAGGCGACUAUGACAUUGGUGCCCUCAUUGGCGCCGACGAAAACGGAAACCUGUGGAUCUACAGCAGUGAGGAGGCUAAAGCUGCCGCCAUGGCAAAGACAUCCGUCAACGUCUUGAACGAGAGUGCCCUCCGCUCAAGUGAUGCCCUGUCCGACCCUGGCUACCAGAGCGACAGCGGUCGCAGUGAUGACACGGCCCAGUUUCCCCAGAUUCGCAGGGAUUCGGAUAGCGCCCUCGGCAUGUCUGCGCCACACUCGCCCGAGUCGCGCAAGAAUGAGACCAAGACAUAUGCGAAGACGCUGCGCCUGACCAGUGACCAACUCAAAGCCCUCAAUUUGAAGCCGGGUGCAAACACCAUGAGCUUCACAGUGAAUAGAUCAAAGUGUGAGGCUUACAUGUUUUACUGGAAGCACGAUGUGCCCAUCGUCAUCUCCGACAUUGACGGAACGAUUACAAAGUCGGAUGCUCUUGGCCAUGUGCUCAACAUGAUUGGCCGUGACUGGACUCACCAGGGAGUUGCCAAACUCUACACAGACAUUGUAAACAAUGGCUACAACAUCUUCUACCUGACGAGUCGCUCCGUCGGACAAGCCGAUACAACAAGAGCCUACCUCAAUGGCGUCGUGCAAGACAAUUAUCGUCUGCCAAAGGGCCCUGUCAUCAUGAGUCCAGAUCGCACAAUCGCUGCACUGCGCAGAGAAAUCUAUUUGCGAAAACCAGAAGUCUUCAAAAUGGCCUGCCUCCGAGACAUUAUGCAAUUGUUCAACAAACCCCCAGGCCAAACCCCCUUCUAUGCGGGAUUCGGCAACCGAUUUACCGAUGCUCUGUCCUAUCGUUCCGUCAACAUCCCAUCCACACGCAUCUUCACCAUCAACUCCAAUGCCGAAGUCAGUCUCGAUGUCUUAUCGCUAAAUUCUUACAAGACUGGGUAUGCCAGUAUGCGAGAGAUUGUCGAUCACUUCUUUCCCCCAGUCGGACUGCUUGUUCCAGCGGGAGGCGAAGCCUACACCGACUUCAACUACUGGCGCGAUCCACCUCUCGACAUUGCCGAUUUCACCGACAGCGAAGACGAAGACGAUGAUGUUGACACGGAAGCGGCUAGCAUCCGCAGCGAAGAUGAAAGGUCGGACAUUGGCGAGGAUCUCGAAGGGAGCUACAUGUCACGGGACUCGCUCGACGAAACAGGCAUGGGUGACUCAAUCAUGGAGAGUGUUGAAGGUGGAGACUAUGCCGAAGGAGAGGAGUAUCUGGAGGACGGCCAUUACACCGACGAUGACGAAGGCACCACUCUGACACACGGAGCGGGUGGUGAUGAAGGAGAUGUUGUAGAUGAGGUGGCAUCGUUGCAGGUCAGGGACUCGACACCUACUCCACGAGCCUUUUCGUAA